AUGUGGGGAAACUUCCACUUCAAGACGUUCGAUGGGGACAUUUAUCAGUUCCCAGUUGACCGAGAACCAGGUUGUGAUCAAUGGAGAAAAGUGGAACUGGACUCCAAAUAUUCCAAUCGCACUUGUGGACUGUGUGGUGAUUUUAAUGGAGUUCCAGUUUAUAGUGAGUUCAUUGAAUCCGGACGGAGGGUUGGCUAUACUGAGUUUGGAAAUAAGCACAGAGUUCCCAACCCAGCACAUUACUGUGAAGAUCCUUUUGAAAACAUCGAUGAGCAAAAUGUGGUGGACAAAUGUGAAAAAUAUCGGGCAGAUUGUGCAGACCUUUUGGAGGAUGAAAAGUGGUCUUCUUGUAGCUGGGUUUUGAACCCUGAGCCAUAUAUCAAGACCUGUACAAAUGAUAUCUGUUCGCGUGAACCUAAAGGCAGAGACACCACCGCACUCUGUGCGACUUUGUCUGAAUAUUCACGCCAGUGUUCGCACGCUGGAGGAGCUCCGCCGACCUGGAGAACAGCAAAAUUCUGUGCUGUCACAUGCCCCUACAAUAUGGUACAUUCUGAAAGCGGCUCCCCCUGUAUGGACACAUGCUCACACAGAGACACAAACAUACUGUGUGAGGAACACAACAUCGAUGGCUGCUUCUGCCCACCAGGAACUGUGUUUGAUGACAUUUCAAACACGGGCUGCAUCCCAGCAGAAAAGUGUCAGUGCAAGCAUGACCGUGUCUACAACAUAGGAGAGGUUCUUCACAAAGAUGAGGAAGAAUGUAUAUGUGAGGAGGGAAACUGGAUCUGUGAGAGUAUUCCUGGUCCUGGCCUGUGCGCAGUAGAGGAAGGAUCUCACUUCACCACUUACGACGGGAAAGAAUUCACUUUCCAUGGAGACUGCAGCUAUGUGCUCUCAAAAGACUGUCAUGAGUCCAAGUUCAUCAUAUUGGGUCAGAUUGUUCCUUGUUUUACUCAUGAAACGGACACCUGCUUGAAAUCAGUUGUGGCGCUGUUUGACAACGACAAGAAAAAUCCUCUGAUUAUUAAAGCUGAUGGGACGGUACAACACAAUGCAGAAGUUUCACUUCCUUACAUGACAGCUGACUUCACGGUGUUCAUGCCGUCAUCAUUUCACAUCAUGCUUCAGACCUCCUUUGGGCUGCAGGUGCAGGUACAGCUGGUGCCUCUUAUGCAGGUGUACAUCACUGUGGACCAAAGCUUCCAGGGACAAGACUUGUGGUCUCUGUGGAAAUUUUAAUAAAGUGCUGACUGAUGACCUGAAGACUCCUCAGGGAGUGGUGGAGGGUAGAGCGGCUUCCUUUGCAAAUGCCUGGAAGGCACUUUCCAACUGCCCCGACCGCACUGAGAGGAUGGACGACCCUUGUUCCUACAGCAGUA